AUGUCUAUGCUUAUAUUUGCAAUAGCUGAUCUGUAUCAAAGAUACAAGGCAAAUAUUGAAACAAAGAAUUAGAAAAAAAGAAGUAGUUCUAAUCUAAGAUCUACUUUUGAUGAUGGUACAAGAUCACCGUUUGAGCAAAUAGCAUUAGCAUAAAUAAAGAGUGAUAGUGAAUCCAAUAUAAUACAUGAAAACAAUCAGAAUCCAAAAGAACUUUUCAUUGAUACAAAUACUUAUGAAUAGCAACAAUUAUAAGAAGGUGAAACAAGCAACACUAAUCAAAACAUUAAUGAUUUAAGUUUCAAUAAGGAUGCUUUAGAAUAUGUCCUUGAAUAGUAAAAUGAAGUAAAAGAUAGUGAAUCUAUAUAAAAUUAAGAGUUUAAUAAAGAUUUAAGCAUCAAUGACUUCUAGUAAUACGCCAAGCCAGAUGAAAAGAUUAAAAGAAGUAGCUCUCAAUCAAAGUUACUUAAAACCUUUUUGCGUAGAAACUAGUAAAAGUCACAAAUUAUCUAUAAUUAAAAAACAGUGAUCACUGAGCCACCAGGACAGGCCUAAAUCAACCCAAUCAUUAAUUAAAAAUAGAGAUAACUUCCACUUAAGACAUAUCGUAACAGAAAUUUCAUAGCUGGUGAAAGUAAUACUUCUAAUGUACUAUAAAGUAAUGAAAAACAGGAGUCUAAGAGUGAGGAAUAUAAGCUUUAUAAGAAACUAUAAAGACAGAAAUAAGAAGCCAUAAAUCAUUCGAUUUCUCACUAGAGAGUCAAAGAAGAUAAGAUGCUCAGGUAGGAAUUAGAAAAUGAAGAAAGAUAGAAACUAGAAGAGAAGAGAGAAUUAUCUAUAAAGAAAAAGUAAGAGUAAUCUUUAAAGAUUGCGUAGCAGUAAAAUCAAUACAAACUUAAGAUAUUAGAAGAGGUAUCUAAACUAAAAUUUGAAAAACUUGAGAAUCGGCAGAAGCUUUUCGAAUAAAAGCUAAUAAACUAGCAUCAGAAUCACAUUGUGAGAUAAAGAUUAGCAUAUAUCUUAAGAUUUGGAUAAGAUAGAACAAAUUAAAAUGAAUGCAGAGUAACUUCUAAAUUAAGAAUCAUUUCUGGUCUAACAACUUUAGCAGACGUCAUAAAAAUUAAUGGAACCUUAAUUAAGUAGAAUAAGAAGCUAAUCAUUUAUUGA